AUGGAUCAGAGAGGCUGGAUAUUAGCCUGUGCCAGCGGGGCAGCUUGCGGUAUUUCCCUCCUUCAAUUCAUCCUAUUGUCCAUACUAACAUUAUGACAGUGCUCGGGUCCACCAUAAUAUGUCUGGACGCCCUCCUCCGCCACCUCCCAUUCCGGCGGUUCCAAAACUUCUCCAUAAGGGAGAGCAGCACGUUCCUUGCGGCCUCCCUCUCCCUCUCCUUUGGUGUAAUGUUCUUCAGUGCACUCUAUGGUAUGCUACCGAAAUCAAGGGAAUACCUGCUCACCUCCGGCCACACCCCCAUGACUGCGAACGCUGUCCUUAUGACAGCAUUCUUGAGCGGCGUGGGCGGGUUGCAAAUAGUCUCAGAGUUGCUGCACUAUUGCCUGCCGUCUUCGAUCGUUAAUUGUGAUGAGCACGGGAGGGUCAACACGCGGGGGAGGGGCCGGAGAAGGGGUAGAAACGAAGGGAGGGGCGGAAUGGACGAGAGAGCGCCCUUGUUGGGACGCCAGGAUAGCGUCGUUCGCAAGAUCUCAGCGUCCGUAUCCAAUCUGGUCCGCGGGUGCGUGGGCGGUGCGGAGGGGAAAUGCUACGGCUUCUCCGACCAUGACUGCGAGCAGAAAUGUGCUGGGGAGAGGGUUGCCAUUCCGGGGUCUAGCGGGAGCCCGCUCCCCUCCCAUGGAGACGGCGAAGAGGUCUCGAUAAAUAGGGACUUGGAAAGAGGCUACCGAAGCAACUCGCAUGAAGCUGCGCCUAUCCACCACGAACCCCAUCACCACCACCACCACCACCACCACCACCACGGCCACCCACAUUCACACUCCAGGCCAAGUCGCAGUCGCUCUGCCAUCUCAGCUACCAUACUUACAGCUGGGGAUGUAGACCCAUCAGCACCCGGCCACCACCACGUUGCGGAUAAUCAGUUCCUAAGCAUAGGUGUGCAAACCUCAAUAGCCAUUGCAAUUCACAAAAUCCCUGAGGUACUAAAAUACCCCUCCUCCCCCUCCCAUCCUUCAUACUAACAUUGGUGAAAGGGCUUCAUAACAUACACAACCAACCACGCAAAUCCAACCCUCGCCCUUCCCCUCUUCCUAGCAAUCUUUAUCCAUAAUAUAACCGAGGGUUUCGCCAUGUCUUUACCACUCUACCUCGCUUUAAAAUCACGCACAUAUGCCAUCCUCUGGGCCUCGCUCCUCGGCGGCCUCUCGCAGCCGCUGGGCGCCGGAAUCGCGGCGCUCGGCCUACUCCACGGCGGUGGCAAGGUCGCGGGGCACGAGUGGGGGUAUGGCGUCCUCUUCGCCGUCACGAGCGGGAUUAUGUGCUCUGUUGGGCUGCAGUUGUUCUCGCAGGCCGUUGGAUUGCACCAUGGUGGGCGUGUGCCGUUUGUUUGGGGGUUUUUGGGCAUGGGGAUUGUCGGGGCCAGUUUUGGGGUUUCUAAUUAA